AUGGCCGGGUUGAGUGACAAAAUGUUCUGCUGCCAUUGGGUCCGCCACAAGGUCCCCCUGGCCCACAGAGAAGAACUGUACCAUAUCCUGAAGAUGACAGGGCCUCUGCUGUUGUCUCGAAUCCUCAAUUAUCUACUUCCAUUUGUGAUAACCAUGUUCUGCGGCCGUCUGGGCAACGAGGUGAUGGCUGGCUACGGAUUAGCAUCUGCUACCAUCAACGUCACCACGGCAGCAACAGGAUUUGGUCUGAGUCUGGCUUGUGAUACGUUGGUGUCUCAGACCUUCGGGGGUAAGAACCUGCUGGGUGUGGGCAUCAUCCUUCAACGCAGCGUGGUCAUCCUGCUGCUCUUCUGCCUCCCCUGCUGGGGUCUGCUCCUCAACGCUCAGGCCAUCCUGCUGCUGCUGGGCCAGGACCCUGAGGUCACCCGGAUAGCACAUCUGUACAUCAUGGCCUCCCUGCCAGCUGUGCCAGCAAUGUUUCUGCACAAUCUGCAAGUGUCUUACCUGCAGAACCAGGGUAUAAUACUACCACAAAUGUACACUGCAGCCGUAGCAAAUGUUGCCAAUGUGAUGAUGAACUACAUCUUUUUAUACUGGCUGGAUCUCGGGGUCAGUGGAUCUGCGGCCGCGAACGCUCUCUCCCAGAUUUGCAUCUGUGCUUUUCUGUUUGCUUACAUUCGCUGGAAGAAGCUGCAUGAAGCAACGUGGGGAGGUUGGUCUCUAGAAUCGCUGCAAGAGUGGGGCCCCUACAUGAAGCUGGCCCUUCCCAGCAUGCUCAUGAAGUGCUUUGAGUGGUGGGUCUACGAGUUUGGAGGAUUCUUUGCAGGCAUGAUGAGUAAAGAUGAGCUGGCUGCCCAACAUGCUGUGAUGAUGGUGACCUUACUGACCUACAUGUUCCCUUUCAGCAUCCAGGCUGCAGCGUGCGCCCGGGUGGGCAACGCUCUGGGUGCUGGAGACACCAGCAGAGCCAUCCUCACCUGCAAGGUGUCCCUCACCCUCGCAGGUGCGCUCGCACUUGUUGAAGGUGUCGUGCUCGCCUCCACCAAAACUGGGAUUGGCUUCAUCUUUACCCACGAUCAGAAGAUCAUCAGUCUGGUCUCUCACUUGAUGAACGCUUACUGCUUCCUGCAGUUCUUUGACGGCCUCGUGUGUGUGUGCACAGGCAUCUUCUUGGGGACAGGAAAGCAGAACAUACCAGCUGUGGCUAACUUCAUCGGCUACUACUGUAUCGGCCUGACACUCAGCGUCACACUCAUGUUUGUGGCAAAGCUGAGAGUUCUAGGCUUCUGGCUGGGGAUUCUAAUUUGUGUCAUCUUGCAGUCCACAUUUUACAUCAUCGUCAUCUUCAAACUGGACUGGGACAGGAUGACAGAGGAGGCUGUAAAGCGAGCCCAGAAGAGCAGCCAUGUGGCCCUCCUAAGUUCUGCUGUACAGGACCAGUACCAGCCUGCCAUGUCCGAAGCCAACACCGUCACACGGCGAGUCAACGCUGAGCAGCUGUCACUCGGCCAGCUGCUCCUCAGGCGUGGCCUGACUCUGUUUGCCGCUCUCGCUCUCCUGGCGGCGGGUGCAGGUGUGCACUACUUGGUUCCUUUACCACAGACCUUGCACCCCAACGGUAAUCAGACUACAACCCACUGGAGUAACGGCAGUUACACUCCUGAUUAGGCUUGCAAAAUUUCGGGAAUAGUCAAAGUUGGAAACUUUCCGUGGGAAUUAACGGGAAUGUAUGGGAAUUAACGAGAAUUAAUGGGAAAUUAAUGGGAAUAAACAUUGAAUGCAACAUGCUAGAUCUUGCAGCAUGAUUAUUAGCUAAAACAACCUGAUUUAAUGCAAAUUCAGUUGAAUUUCAACCCUGCACUGUGCAUUCCUCCAUCACAUGCACAGAUAAUUCCCAGCAUGCUACACACUACAGCAGGACUAUUGAGGCCACACUAGUAUUUGAGCCCAAGGACUUCAUCCAGUCAGGUAAGUGUUGAUGAUAUUACUGGGGUAAAUAUAGCCCUGAUGCUAAUUGUCUCUAUGUUAAAUCCCAUUAAUUUAUGCUAACAACGUUAGCAAUCCGAAUUGACCUCUUUUGUGAUGUGUAAAGUUCAACUAAAUCAAAAGGUGUAGUUUCCUCUGCCUUCUGUUCUGCUAGCCAUUCUGUUGUCAUACAAGAAUGUAGCUUAUAGUUUGAUUUAGCAUGCUGAUUGACUGUUCAUUUAUUCAUCUAGACCAGUGGUUCUUAACCUUGUUGGAGGUACGGAACCCCACCAGUUUCAUAUGCGCAUUCGCCCAACCCUUCUUUAGUGAAAAAUAACAUUUUGGGUUUUUUCAAAUUGAAGACAAAGUUAUAUGUUUUUGGUAACACUUUAGUAUGGGGAACAUAUUCUAAGUAACAAAGACUUGAUUUAGAGUUUUUCGGACAUUAGGGGAACAUAUUCUAAGUAACAAAGACUUAAUUUAGAGUUAUUUGGUUA